CUGCUUUGGAGAAAUCAUGAAGUGGUUAAUUGUAGCUUUGGCCUGUCUGGCUCUCUCGGAGGGAUUCGUCCGAGUCCCUCUGAAGAGGUUCAAGUCCAUGCGUCAGCAGAUGAAGGAGAAGGGCCUGCUGAAGGCCACCCACUACACUGACCCUGCCCUCAAGUACCACCUCCUAAACCCUUAUGGUGCCUAUGCCUCUUACACCAACGAACCUCUCCUCAACUAUGCUGAUAUGUCCUACUAUGGCCCAAUCUCCAUUGGAACUCCAGCCCAGUCUUUUUACGUCUUGUUUGACACCGGAUCCUCCAACCUGUGGGUUGCCUCUACCUACUGCAGUAGCCAGGCCUGUACCAACCACCCACUCUUCAACCCCAGCCAGUCAUCCACCUACACUAGCAAUGGGCAGACCUUCUCUCUGCAGUAUGGCACUGGUAGCCUUACAGGAGUCUUUGGCUAUGACACCGUCACUAUUGAAGGCAUCACCAUCUCCAACCAGGAAAUAGGCCUGAGCACUAACGAACCUGGCACAAACUUUGUCUAUGCUCAGUUUGAUGGCAUUUUGGGUUUGGCUUACCCCAGCAUCUCUUCUGGAGGAGAGACUCCUGUUAUGGACACCAUGAUGCAGGACAGCCUCCUCCAGGCCAACCUAUUUGCCUUCUACCUCAGCAAGGAUACUCAGCAGGGCAGUGAGGUGACAUUUGGAGGUGUUGACCAGAGCCGAUACACUGGACAAAUCUACUGGACCCCCGUCACUCAGCAGACUUACUGGCAGAUUGCUGUGAAUGGCUUCCAGAUCAACAACCAGGAGACUGGCUGGUGUAGCCAAGGGUGCCAAGCAAUCGUGGACACCGGCACCUCCCUGCUCACCUGCCCCCAGCAGUACCUGGGCUAUCUGCAACAGUACAUUGGCGCUCAGGCUAACCAGUAUGGAGAGUACAUCAUCAACUGCAACAACCUGAGCAACAUGCCAACCAUCAGCUUCACCAUCAAUGGAGUGAACUUCCCUCUGCCACCCUCUGCCUACACUCUGGUGCACAAUGAGAAUGGACAGACCUACUGCACAAGUGGAAUCAUGGGCACCUACCUGCCUUCCCAGAAUGGCCAGCCCCUGUGGAUCCUGGGUGAUGUCUUCCUUAGGGAGUACUAUUCCGUUUAUGACAGACAGAACAACCAAGUUGGAUUCGCUACUGCUGCAUAAGACCUCUACAUUCCCUUCACAGCCCACUUGUCUCUCCCACUGUAUUUCAACAAGCAUCCUGCCACUCAACACACAGAAAACACACAGAGUUGACAGAUAUGGUAGCCACCUCCUCAGUAUUGCAUAUAGGGCUUCAAUGAUAGUCACCAUCUGAAAUAAGAAAGAUAUCAUCAUGCAGAGAUAGUUGGGAUUAAGGCAGAGCUCCUAUAUAAUCUGCAGUGAGCAACACACCAAAUGCUUCUUUAUUAACCCGAUAACUAAGGCAGCCAGCCCUCAAUAUUUACAAAUCUCGUACUCUACUGUCCUGGGGACUUUUACAGCAAUAAGGUGACAGACAGGUGUGUUGUAAAAGAUUUAUAAUUGGAAAUGACACAAUAAUAAUUAAAAAUGGUUUCUGUAAUUCACCCUAAUUAAAGUGUAUCAGAAAUCCCAA